AUAACAGUAAUCUGUGCAAGACUCCAUCGUCGUACAGGAAACUUCACUUUGGAAUCUUUGCACACUUUACCAUGUACCUGCACUGGAUAAUAUUUUCUCUUGCGUUCGGUUGGGUGAGCGCCGCUGGUAACUGCAGUUAUAAGAGUCUUAUAGAACAUCUUGGCUUGGAUGGUGAUAACGUUCAGAUGAAGUCCAUGAGGCCUGUGUAUAACUGGAGAACCCCUACCAAAGCUUUUGUGGACCUGUAUGUGACCUCCAUCACAGAUGUGAAUGAAAAAGCCCAAAGCAUUUCAACACAAAUUACAUAUGAAUCUGGAUGGGUCAGUGAAUUUACAAAGUGGAGCGAACGUGACUUUUGUGGGAUCUGUAUGUUGUCGGUUGAAAAAGAUAAGAUCUGGAUUCCAGACAUUGUCUUCACUGAAAGUAUCAAGACAGACUUUGCAACUAUACAAAAUCCAUACGUAAAGUUGAUCAGUUAUGGUUUGAUAGCCCAGUUUGAAACUUUAGCUGUGACCAGCACUUGUAAGAUAGACUUGAUCAAGUUUCCCUUUGAUGUCCAAACCUGCUCUCUGACCAUUCAUUCUCCAAUGCAUCCAGCUAUGGAGCUUACACUUGACCCAUAUUCUGAUGCAUCAGUCCUGACGUCCAGCUCCAAAAAGGCCUUUCAAACUCAGGGCGAGUGGGAACUCCUCAAUAUAAAUAUGUCGAAAGCCAAUGCGAGCACUCUACACAGCCUACAGGAUCAGCUGAUAUAUACGUUCACCAUGAAAAGGAGACCUCUACUGUACGUCAUCACCUUCAUAUCACCUGUGUUUUGCUUUCUUGUGUUGGACGUGGCCUCCUUCUUCAUCGAUGCGGGCGGAGGAGAGAAGCUGAGCUUUAAGGUCACUUUGCUGCUGUCCAUUUCUGUGUUGCUGCUCAUUCUUAAUGACAAGCUGCCAUCCACCGCCAAUGAAGUCCCAUGGAUUGGGGUCUAUUGCAUUGCGAUUUUCAUUCUCAUUGGCAUCAGCAUUCUGGAGACCAUCCUUGUGAAUUUUUUAAUGGCUGAAGGAGAGCAGAUUCAGAGUCCAGAGCCACCCGUGGAUUCCUCAUCUGCUGUUACUGACAUCAACAGCCCAUCGGAUUCAGCGUCAGACAGGAAUGACAACCAGUCUCAUAUCCUUGGUUCUCUGAAGCAGAUCCUCAAGAAGCCUUACACUGUGACCCAUGAGAAUCGAGUGGAGAGAAGAUGCCUGUACUGGACCAGAGCCGCCCAGAUAAUAAACAUUAUCUUCUUGAUUCUUUACAUCAUCACCAUUAUUGUGCUUCUAGCAAUCAUUUAUAACGCUUGGUUCACAGAGUAAAUUCAGCUGCUCUUUAUUGAUGAGCUAACUUUCUGCAUGGUUUGAAAAGAUCAUUAAGAAAUAUAGAUUUGUCAGUUAUACAUGUGCAAAAUAAAAAAUGAUGACAUUAUUUUUUGCAAUAAAUAAACUUUUAGGCUUUUUAUAGAAAGCAAUACAUAUUUUACUAAAUACACUCUAAAAAAUGCUAUAUGUUGAAAUAGGCAAACCUAACCGAUGCGUUUUACAUUUAUGCUGGGUUGAUUUAGCCCAAACACUUAAUCCUGUCGGUUUGUCCUUUUUUGACCCAACAAUGGCUUGAAAAGUGCAUGUAUUGUAUUCAUUUAUAUUCACCAAAACAAUUAUCUUGACAAAAAGUCUUUAAUUCCACCAACAGCAAAUAAUAGCCUAUUAAUCUUUUAAGUCGUUUUAUUUUUUUAGACUCAACAAGAGUGUAACCUUUGAAGUGUUGCUGUUGUUAUCCAAACAAUAAUACGUUUUGGAGAUUUCUCAGUAGUUUGACUUAAAGAAUCAGAUGAGCUAUAGAUAAGAUUUUCUAUAUUUUAUUUUAUAUUGUCUUUACCGUAAUCGCAUUUGGAUCGGUUACUCCUAGAUAUGUCAACUGUAUCGAUGUCCUCAUUUUGUCUUUCUCCUGUAAAAUUAGGGCUGUCACGAUUAUUAAAUAAUCGUCUCAUCGCGAUUGUUUGACCUCAUCGCCAUGAUUUCGGAUCAUCGCAAUUAUCGCACAUCUCUAUAGAAGACACUAGGGGGAACUGUAGUGCAUCUGCAUAUUGCAUAUUUUAGUGUAUAUAUUGUUACUAAAGCAUGGUAAUACUUGUAAAAUGUACCACCACAACACAAUUACUUAAAAAAAAAACCUAAAACAUAUACAAAUUACCUGCAGUACAAUUUAAUAUUAUUUAAGCAAAUCUCAGUGUGAAAACCAGUCUACCAAAAUUUCAUUAACACACAAGUAAAAUUUUACUGUAGUCUUGCAAGUGAGAAAAAAAACAGACUAGAAGCUUUUCUAUGACUGAUAGUAUUUUAAUGGUGGCUUCAAUUCACACCUGAUCAAUUUACUUCAUUUACAAGUAUUUGGUGGUUGUAUUAUUGACAGGUAAAAGCCUAAACCUUAAAUAUAUGAUGAUCCAAUUUUUUCCGUUGUAUUUCCAAGAAA